GCUGUUGAGGUCAACAACUUCUCACAGGCAGAUGAAGUUGCGCGUGCCUCAACACAACUGCACGCGGGCAUAUCGAACGAGACCAAAAAGGAAUACAAGCCGAGCUUUCCACCUGGAGACACCUCAGCAAUCCCCACCAAGGUGCUUGUAGUAGUAGUCCGUUUCACAGAACGCAUUUGAUCCAUGAACGUGGAUCGCUCCUUCGUCACUGAAGGCUGCAGGGCAGAUAUGCGUUGCCGCCCAUCCUCUCCUUACCCAGACGAGUCCUAUUCUUCGUCGUGCGAGGAAUCUACGACGAGCGAUGCUGCACCUCACGACUCUAGCAGCACGGUGUGGUGCGCCGCCUCAAAUGACUCGCGAGCAGCACUGGCGGCGCAGCUGCUGUCCCAGCUAGGCGCUUCGGAGCAGAAGGCGUACAGCACCUUCUGCGAAGCCACCACAGCGAUGCUGCAACUACGAAUGGUGUUGAUGCACGUGAAGGAGGUGACACUGGUUGUCUCGCUGGACCAAGCGCAUGAGGCGGAAGACGAGUGA